AUGGAUGACCUCUAUGAUGAGUUUGGCAAUUUCAUCGGCGAAGCCGUCUCCGACGAAGAGGCAUCCCAGGAUGGUGUGGCCGGCCAACAUUACGUCUACGACGAGGAGUCGGAACCCGAGGAGCAAGCUCCUGCAGUUCAGUCGAUGGAAGUCGAUGAAGAAGGCCCCUCCAAUGCCGUCAUAUUGCACGAGGACAAACAGUAUUAUCCCACGGCGCAGCAGGUAUACGGCGAAGAAGUCGAGACUUUGGUGCAGGAAGAGGAUGCACAGCCGCUCACACAGCCGAUAAUUGCGCCCGUCACGCAGAAGAAGUUCCAGGUGCAGGAAGCAGGCCUUCCUCCUGUCCACUACUCGAGAGAAUUCAUGACAGAUCUCCUAAAUUUUCCCGAAGGUAUCAGAAAUAUCGCUGUGGCGGGACACUUACACCACGGCAAGACUGCAUUCGUGGAUAUGUUAGUCAUGCAGACACACGAUCUAGAAGAAAGACUGGAUAAGAGGAUUGGCAGGAGGAGGGACGAACAGUUAAGAUAUACCGACACACACUUCCUGGAACGAGAACGAGGAAUUUCCAUAAAGGCCGCGCCAAUCAGUCUAGUCAUGCAAGGCACGAAAGGGAAAUCGCAUAUACUCAACAUCAUCGAUACUCCUGGACAUGUGAAUUUUGUGGAUGAGGUUGCAUCGGCUUUGCGGCUGGUGGACGGAGUGGUGCUCGUCGUUGAUGUGGUCGAAGGUGUUCAGAUCAACGCCGAGCAAGUCAUCAAGCACGCUGUUUUGGAGGAUAUACCCAUGGUUUUGGUUAUCAACAAAAUGGACCGCCUAAUCCUCGAGCUGAAAAUACCACCAACAGAUGCCUACUUCAAACUAAAGCACGUUGUUGAAGAGGUCAACACAGUCAUCGAGAAUACCAUUCCAGGCCGUGGCGAAAAGAGGCGGCUCUCGCCUGAAAAGGGCAACGUGGCUUUUGCAUGUACAUCUAUGGACUGGGUAUUCACACUACCGUCGUUCGCAAAGAUGUACGCCGAAACUUACCCCAAAGUCGAUGCUGCCGAGUUUUCCAAGAGACUCUGGGGGGAUAUCUUCUUCAAUCCUCGGAGCCGAAAGUUCACCAGAAAAGGGACGGAAGAAGGAUCAAAGAGGGCAUUUGUGAACUUUGUGUUGGAGCCCAUAUAUAAGCUAUUCUCCCACACCAUCAGCGAAAGCCCCGAAGACUUAGCGCCGACUUUACAGACGCUGGGUAUCUCACUGAAACCGUCGCAGCUCAAAUCUGAUGCGAAAGUGUUGCUCAAACUCGUAUGCGCGCAGUUCUUUGGGACUGCGAGCGGGUUCGUCGACAUGGUGGUGCAGCACAUACCUUCACCUGUUGAGGGCGCAAGCAGGAUGCUCGACAACUACUACACCGGCACCGCUGGAUCGAAGGUCAGUGAAGCAAUGUCCAAAUGCGACUCAGACGGACCUUUGGUUGUGGAAGUCACAAAGCUAUUCAGCUCUUCAGAUGCCAAAACAUUCAAUGCUUUUGGUCGCGUCAUGUCCGGCACAGCAUCACCGGAUCAGGUGGUUCGAGUCCUCGGAGAGGCAUACAGUCUUGAAGAUGAGGAAGAUUCGACUACUGCAACAAUCAUGGCUGUUCAAAUUGCCUGUUCGCGGUACAACAUCCCGGUCUCUGGUGUGCCUGCAGGAAACCUCGUUCUCCUGUCAGGGAUUGACAAUUCUAUCGUCAAGACAGCCACAGUAGUUGCUGAGAAAUACCCGGAUAAUGAGGAUGCCUACAUUUUCAAAGCGAUUCGCCAUUUCACGGAAUCCGUCUUCAAGGUCGCAGUUGAACCUGUUAACCCAUCAGAGCUCCCCAAAAUGCUCGAGGGUUUGCGCAAAAUCAACAAGUCAUAUCCUCUCAUCACCACCAAAGUUGAGGAAUCAGGAGAGCACGUUGUCCUGGGCACAGGCGAACUGUACAUGGACUGUGUGUUGCAUGACCUGCGAACGCAGUAUGCCGAAAUGGACAUCAAAGUCUCCGAUCCCGUUACUCGAUUCUGCGAGACCGUGACCGAAACAAGCGCCAUCAUGUGCUACGCAUUGACCCCCAACAAAAAGAACAAAUUGACCAUGAUCGCCGAACCGCUGGAUGAUGGAAUUGCUGAGGAUAUUGAGGCUGGCGUUGUCAAAAUUCGAGAUCCAAUCAGGAAAGUUGCAAAAUUCUUCGAGGAAAAAUACGAAUGGGAUAAAUUGGCUGCUCGAUCAAUAUGGGCAUUUGGCCCAGACGAGAUGGGGCCCAACAUUCUUUGCGACGAUACCUUGCCUUCUACCACGGAUAAGAAGCUGCUCAAGUCUGUGCAAGAGAGUAUCAAGCAAGGCUUUUCGUGGGGGACGAGAGAAGGACCACUGUGUGAAGAGCCAAUCCGCAACACAAAAUUCCGAGUUACUGGCGCCGAGUUAGCGACAGAGCCUAUUUUCCGAGGAGGCGGACAAAUCAUACCGACGGCACGACGAGCGGUAUACAGUUCCUUCCUGAUGGCCAGUCCUCGACUGAUGGAACCCAUUUACAGCGUCCAUAUGACUGGUCCAGCUGACUCGAUUUCUGGCCUCUACACAGUGCUGAUGAAGAGGCGUGGACAUGUCGUUUCUGAUGGGCCUGUGGCAGGGACGCCACUGUACGCAGCCAAAGCGCUUCUCCCCGUGAUUGACAGUUUUGGAUUUGAGACGGACUUGCGGAUCCACAGUCAAGGAGCAGCUAGUGUCUCACUGGUCUUUGAACGCUGGGAUGUCGUUCCCGGGGAUCCAUUGGAUAAAAGUAUCCGUGUAAGACCGCUGGAGAUGGCUGCGCCUCAGCAAGCGGCAAGAGACUUUGUACUGAAGACAAGACGGAGGAAAGGGUUGAGCGAGGAUGUGGAUGUUAAGAGGUUCCUGGAGCCCGAGUUGCUUGCUGGGUUAAGAGAAAGCGGUGUACUGGAUUGA